GUUAUUUGGAAUUUCGUUAGAGGUAAUAAUUAUAUAUUACUGCAACAUCAUUUGGAAAUACAAAUUUAAUGGAAUGACUGUAACCCAGCGUGGAGUCUAUUUUGCUUGAGAAAUUGGAUUUGAGAUUGGGUAUGGGGUUCGUUUGAUGCGGUGAGAAGUUAGUUGUAGACAUUCAGUGCUCAAUAUACACUGUUCCUAACUUGAAGUUCAUCAUCCUGAGUAUCUAUAGAAAAUUAAAUCAUAUAAUUGGGGAAAAAAGGUUUCGGUAAAGUGUAUAUUGAUAACUAGUUUGCCUGAAACAGUUUCUUUUCAUGACACAGGUCCAGGAACGAUUUGAAGUUCUAAAGAAGCGGAAAGAUACUGGAGGCUUUACUGAGCAAGAUUUUGACGAGCGGAUCUUAAGGCAGCAGCAAGAAGAGGAAGAAAGGAAGCGCCAACGGCGAGAAAGAAAGAAAGAGAAGGUUAGUGCCCGUGAGGGCUUCUUGUUUUAUUUGCAGGCCGUACAGAUACGCUCAUCUUCUCCAUACGGAAGGAGAAAGAAGUUAGAUGGAAUGCAUAAAGAGAAGGCAGCAGAGGAGGAAAUCGAGGUAGACCCUGAUGUUGCAGCUAUGAUGGGAUUUGGGGGUUUUGGGUCAUCCAAAAAGUGA